AUGAAAUUUUUUAACCGAACAGCAUUUUUUUUAACAAGAACGCAAUUAUGUGGAAAUAAAUUUAAUAUUAAUAAUUGGGGCACACCCACAUCUGAUGAACAGAAGAAAUCAAGCAAAGAAAGAGACGUAUUCCAUUUUUUUCUAUCUAGAAUUUUUACUUUAUUGCAGCAUAUUAUUAUUUAUCUGUUGGUACAUGUUAUACAUUUUUACACGGGGAAAGAAAAUAAAAACUUAGAACUUAAAUUAAGUAAUACGUAUGCAAGAAAUUUGUCUGAAAGUUUUUUUAAGCAUAGGAAUGGGGUUCGUUCCCUAUUUAAACAAGGAAUGAGGUUUGGUAAUGAAGAUUCAACACUUCUUUUUUCAGAUUGUACGUCACCCAGCAGUUCAGAAAAUAUAGUAUCUUGUUGUAAAUAUGAGGUAGUAGAAACAAUUUUAGGUGAUUCAAAGGAUUCAUCUGAUACUACUGAUAAACCUUAUGAAGUUAAAGUUGCAGAAGAAGACGAAUAUGAAGAUGAUUCUGAAGAUGAAUCUGGAGAUCAAUAUGAAGAAGAGAUGAUUGAAGUAACUGAUGAUUAUUAUGACGAUGACGAAGGUCAGUCUGAUGAUGAUUCUGAAGAAGACUACGUUACAAUAAUUUCACAUAAUGAAGAUAGUGAAAGUGAUGGGAAUGUAGAUAGAACAGAAAAUGAAGAUAUUAAUAAAUUUGAAAAUGGUAGCGUUAUUUUUAACAUUGAGAAGGAUGUGAAUUCAAGUAAUUUAGUGACGGAAGAAGAAUUAAAUAGGAAGCUUAAGAAAAUUAAUGGUAAUGUAGAUGUUAACCAAAUGAGCACAAUAUGGAAUGAUGUCAGUACUAUUGAGAAUAAAAAAUAUCAUGAUAUGACAAAUAGUUUAUGGAAUUGGUGUGAAUUGUUAGCAUUAGAAUAUAAAAUUCCUGAAGAACUUAUUUUAAAAGAGUGGAAGAAAGUUGUUGAUUUUACAUCAGAUGAAUUACUGAAAAAGAAUUUUAUUGAUAAUAAUGACUUUAAUGAAUUAAUUAAAGAAGGAAAAAUUGAUUAUUUGGACUUUAUUUAUUUUAUAAAACAUAAAAGGAAAUCUUGGAAAAAAUUUAUACAAAAGACAGAAGAUGUUUGGAGAAAUACAUUAGAUAAUAACUUCAGACGUAUUUUUAGUGAAUGA